AUGACCCGUCUAUCCUUCGCGGCUGUUGCCCUUGCUCAAUGCACCUCGGCUCUCCUGGACGGGUUUGUCGAUGUGCUUGUGAAUGUCGAGCAUCGGGUGCCAGCCGAUGCCUUCGCUGGCGUCCUGAACGCGGCCGGCGGGUCCCACGACGGUUUGGAGGCUUGUUACACGGCCAACGACAUUCUCGAAUCUUGCUACGAUGCCGGCUACAUGGAGCCCACGGCCCCGGUCGCUGCCGCGGAUCGGUGUUUGUGUUGUGAUGGCACCACGGCCAUCGCCAGCGUGUACUCUAGUUGCGCAUCCUACGCCCUGAAUGAAGUGCCUGCACUUACCGCGGACUAUUCUGUUCUUUCAAAUUUGUACAUCUAUUGCGCGGCCAUGGCGACCUGUACCAGUACAACACGUCAAGCGACCUCACGGGCUACCAACACCCGGGCUGCUGGCACUGUCACGCUACCCGCAGCAUGUUCGUCCUUCACCGAGAUCUAUAACUCGUGCUCGAUUAAGGUGGGAUUUGAGACAGCUGGAGUCACGGAUGCGGUGGAAUGUCUAUGGUGGGUACAUUGCUUCAUCCUGACAAUGACCAUGUUGUGA